AUGUUUUCCGGCUCGAUCUUUCCCCACUGGCGCCGCAAAGCCGCAGAGCGCUUCAGUGGCACCUCAUCAGAAAUCCCCUUCUACCUAAACGCAGCAUAUUAUCCGAACUGGCGCAUAUACCGGAAGCAGCCUCCCUCGGCGCUCAGAUUGGGAUUCGUGUCUCACAUCUUCUACGCGUUUGCCUGGGUCAAAGAGGACGGCACGGUUUAUGGUCGGAACCAGUUGAGUGAUGAGUGGGCAGACACGCAGAUGCCGGUUGACGGAACAACCGGUUGUCUUCGGGCAUUCGCACAGCUCAAACCGCAGUAUUCUAAGCUAAAGCUUGUCCUCUCGAUUGGAGGGGGCGGCAAAGGAAGCGAGAACUUUGCCGCAGUCGCUCGAAGCAAGUCCUGUACAGAAACGUUCGCACAGUCCGCAAGACGACUAGUAGACGAGUUCGGCCUUGAUGGAAUCGACGUGGACUGGGAGCACCCAGCGGACUCGCAGCAAGGACAGGACUACAUCCGUCUCCUCGCCAGGUUGCGGGACUAUUUCCCGCCGCCAUAUGUAUUGGCCACUUGUCUCCCCGCAGGCCAGUGGGCAUUGCAGCACAUUGACCUUCAAAAGGCGGCCAAGUAUGUCGACAUGAUCAACAUCAUGGGAUACGACUUUGCCGGGCCGUGGGGCGCCGAGAGCGGACACCACGCCCAGUUAUAUUGUCCUUCAUACGGCUCGGGGGUGUCAUGCCAGUCCGCCGUAGAGUACGUGCUCGGGCAGGGUGUCCAUCCGAAGAAACUCCUACUAGGUAUCCCAGCGUACGGCCGGUCAUUCCUCGGCAGCGAUAAUAUAGGACAACGGUAUGCAGGCUGCGGCGGCGAAGACGGGGUAUUUGAUUAUAGCGAGCUCCCGCGCCCGGGUGCAACAGAGUACCAUGACGAACAGGUCGCAGCAGCGUACUGCGUCGGCGGGGACGGCGGUUUCGUGACGUACGACACGCCGCAGACGGUGCAGCAAAAAGCGAAGUUUGUAACGCGAGAGCAAUUAGGAGGAUUGUUCUAUUGGCAUAUUGGAGGCGACGCUCGGGGUCCGCGAAGUCUCAUCGAGAUGGGUUAUAACACGCUGCACGAGAUGUAG